AUGCAUAUUCCUGCGGCACUUCAAACUGCAGACAUCUUUACCAAAGCUUUGCCAAGGAAGGCGUUUGAACAGCUUAGAAGCAAACUUGGUGUAGAAGAAACUCCUACGCCAAAACAGAGCAAGGAUGUACGGUUCCCACCUUCAAUCCCUUCACACCGCUCUUAUCGUGUAGUGGCUAAGGAUAAGGCAGUCUGUCUAUUACCUUUCCAGCUUCAAGUUAAUAAAAUACAGAAGUUCAGUUUCUCUCACAGUCCCAUCUCCGGCAUGCUCGUCCAGCCGACCGUCGGUUACUACAGCGACCGAUGCACGUCAAGAUUCGGUCGUCGGCAUCCUUUUAUCGCUUCUGGAGCCGUCCUCGUCAUAGUCGCCGGUUUACUGAUCGGUUACGCCGCUGAUCUCGGACAAGUGACAGGAGACAGACUCGAGGACAAGGUGAAGGUGCGUGCCAUAUGGUUCUUCGCUCUCGGGUUCUGGAUCCUGGACGUGGCGAACAACACUCUCCAAGGCCCUUGUCGGGCUUUUUUAGCCGAUUUAGCCGCGGGAGACGCGAGGAAAACGCGGGCGUUUUUUUCCUUCUUCAUGGCGGUUGGAAACAUAUUGGGAUACACAACAGGUUCUUACACCAACCUACACAAGAUUUUCCCCUUCACGAUGACUAGAGCAUGCGAUAUCUACUGCGCGAAUUUCAAGAGUUGUUUCUUCCUCUCCAUUGUUUUACUCUUGUUUGUAACCAUAUCAUCGCUCUGGUACGUUAAAGACAAGCAAUGGUCACCGGAAAAGGAAGACCCCGAAGUGAAGACACCCUUCUUCGGGGAGAUCAUUGGAGCCUUCAAGGUGAUGGAACGUCCUAUGUGGAUGCUGAUAAUCGUCACUGCCCUAAACUGGAUCGCCUGGUUCCCUUUUCUUCUGUUCGAUACCGAUUGGAUGGGUCGUGAGGUGUACGGUGGAGACUCGAGCGGGAACGAUGGUUUGAAGAAGCUUUACAACCAAGGAGUCCAUGCCGGUUCGUUGGGACUGAUGAUAAAUGCCAUCGUUCUUGGAUUCAUGUCGCUUGGUAUUGAAUGGACUGGACAGAAAAUGGGUGGUGCUAAACGGCUCUGGGGAGUUGUGAAUUUCAUCCUCGCGGUGUGUUUGUCCAUGACGGUUUUGGUUACAAAGUAUGCCGAUGCUCACAGGAAAACCGCCGGUGAAUUGGCCGGUCCGACCGAUGGCAUUAGAGCUGCUGCAUUGUCUCUCUUUGCUAUUCUUGGUAUUCCACUUGCUGUUACAUUCAGUAUUCCGUUUGCACUAGCUUCCAUAAUCUCAAGCAACUCCGGCGCUGGUCAAGGCCUUUCACUGGGAGUUCUAAAUUUGGCAAUCGUGAUACCACAAAUGGUGGUGUCGCUUGGAGCUGGACAGUUCGAUUCGUGGUUCGGAGGUGGAAACCUACCAGGAUUUGUGGUCGGAGCAAUUGCAGCUGCAAUCAGUGGUGUAGUGGCAAUAGCUGUUCUACCUUGAUCAGAUCUAUGUCUGGUCAUGUGGCCAGCUCUAAUAUUUUAAUACACCUAUAGAGCAAAAGAGUUAUUAGGCCAAGUUUGAAUUAUGUUUCUGUCUGUCAAACAAAACCUUUGUAAUUUUUGCAUAUUUAGUAUGACCCGCACAACCGUGCG